CCCCUGUGUCAGUCAGAGGCGAGGCCUAGUCUCUUCUGUGCUGUUCCAAACCCACAUCCACUAAGUACCCACACCUCUGGUCCUCCCUGCUACUUCUGCCUGGGAGCCCUGGUGGCAUAGUGGUUAAGCAAUCAGCUGCCAACAGAAAGGUCUGCGGUUCCAACCUACCAACUUCUCCACAGGAGAAAGAUGUGCCAGUCUGCUUUUGUAAAGAUUACAGCCUUGGAAACCCUUUGGGGCAGUUCUACCCUGUCCUGUAGGGUCGCUAUGAGUUGGAAUUGACUUGAUGACAAUGGAUUUUUUGGGGGGAGGGGUUGUUCUAUUUCUGGCCUCGGGACCCUGGGCCCUGGUAGGGGAGAGGCCCAAGGUAGACCUGGGGGAGGGGAGCCAGUCGGGCCAUGGCUUUGUUCUGCAUCCCUUGGCCAAAAUGGCUCUGCUGGGAAUUAGAACCCUAGUUCUUCUUCAGUGUGUGCCCACUUCAUUAGGACUUAGGGGGUUCGUUAUUGACUCCGUCGCUAAAUGACUUGAGGGACUUGAGCAAGUUGCUUCCUGUUUCUGAGUCCCUGCUCUGCCAAAAACACCGUGUGGCAGUGAGGAUCAACGAUAGUGUUGGCCCCUGUGUGGUGCUGAGUCCCAGACCUGGUGCAGAACCCACAGAAACCCUGCCUGAGAGCCAUUGUUAAGCGGACCAGGUGACUUGUCCAGAGCCACAUGGCAGGAAAUGAAGAGCCAGCCUUCAGCCCUAGUCUGUCUUGUUCCAAAAUCCACCCUCUUUUCCCAAUGAAAAUAUUUGGGAAAAUUACACACUGUAACAGUAACAGCUUUUAUCAGUACAUAGUAUAAGAUAGCAUAGUAUCAUAACAUCUGCAUAGACACACUGGGCGGGUCCCAGGGUGGCUUUGAUCUUUUUUCUGGUUUAAAAAGUGUCAGCAGCAUCUCCAUGGGUGGGAAUCUGAAGACCACUGUGUGUUUUGCCCUCGACUCCUGGAAACCCUGAACCCAGAAGCCGUCAAUAGGCACUUCCCUGGCUGAUGACUUCUGUAGCAACCUGGGGUUCCAGUUUAUUCCAGUUUAUUGGGAUAAACUAAGUCUAAGAGACACUGGGGCUUUCCUACCUUGUGUCCAGCAGUUGGGAUCCUUCCCAGCUGUCUGGAAAGAGGCGCAUAGUCCUUCCUUUGCUUCUGCUAAGAGAGCCCCCCAAAGCAGAAUCAGCUCCUGGAAUCCACCAAGAGCUUGGAGCUCAGAGCUUUUUAAAGGGCCCGCUCAGAGAGGUGGGGCUACUCCCGCUAUUUAUAGGGACUGAGAAAGUCCUGUUCCCGGCUCUGAGUUCCUCGGCUGGCUGUGCGUUCCUCGGCUCUGAGUUCCUCGCACAGAGCCAGGCCUGCUCACUGGGCUAGGCUACCCUGGUAGGUAGUCACCUCUGUCACUCCCUCUCUCUGCCUCUCCCCACUCGCCCACCCUCCCCCAGCCCCUGUGUGUCAUCAGUGUUCUGAGGGAGCUCCGUUCAGUGCAACAAGCUCUUGGCUGUUGCCAGGGGGGAAAUGCAGCCCCGGUCCUCUCCACCUCAGCUUGGUGCGGGGACUCAGCCAGCUAGGAGGGGAUACCCCUCUGGCCUUCGGCCCAUUCCACCACCCCGCUUUCACCGGGCUUCCAGCCAGAAAGACCCUCUUUAUCCUGGGCCUGCAGAGCCAGCUCUGGAAGUGGCUAGCUCCAAAUGCCAGCCCGGUACCCCUGCUGCCAGCCUCUGCCUGGCAGACCCCCCCAGCCAGCAUCGGGCGAUGCCACCAGGGCCUGCCAGCCGGGCAAACGUGGGUUCACGGCCCCGCACCGUCACCAAUGGACACGAGUUGUUUGAGGUCUCAGAGGAAAGAGAUGAGGAAGUUGCUGCAUUUUGCCACAUGCUGGAUAUCCUUCGAUCUGGUUCUGACAUUCGAGACUACUCUCUCACCGGAUAUGUCUGGAGCGCGGUCACUCCAAGCCCAGAGCACCUUGGGGAUGAGGUAAACCUGAAGGUGACCGUUUUGUGUGACAGCCUGCGGGAGCCACUCACUUUUACCUGCAACUGUUCCUCCACUGUAGACUUGCUCAUCUACCAGACCCUGUGCUAUACCCAUGACGAACUGAGGGAUGUGGAUGUGGGUGACUUUGUGCUGAAGCCCUGUGGGCUGGAGGAGUUUCUGCAGAACAAGCAUGCCUUGGGCAGCCAUGAGUACAUCCAGCACUGCCGGAAGUUUGACAUCGACAUUCGACUACAGCUGCUGGAGCAGAAGGCUGUACGCAAUGACCUGGCCCGGACGGUGAAUGAUGACCAGAGUCCUUCCACCUUGAACUACCUCAUCCAUCUACAAGAGCGGCCAGUGAAACAGACCAUCAGCAGGCAGGCCCUGAGUCUUCUGUUUGACACUUACCACAACGAGGUGGAUGCCUUCCUUUUAGCUGAUGGGGACUUCCCACUGAAUGCUGACAGGGUGGUCCAGUCUAUCAAGGCCAUCUGCAACGCCCUAGCGGCUGUUGAAACCCCAGAGAUCACCAACGCUCUCAACCAGCUGCCCCCCUGCCCCUCCCGCAUGCAGCCUAAAAUUCAGAAGGAUCCCAGCAUCUUGGCUGUGAGGGAAAACCGAGAGAAAGUGGUAGAAGCCCUAACAGCUGCCAUCUUGGACCUGGUGGAGCUGUACUGCAACACCUUCAAUGCAGACUUCCAGACGGCGGUACACGGGAGCCACAAGCAUGACCUGGUUCAGGAGGCCUGCCACUUCUCUGGGCCACUGGCCUUCACUGUCUAUGCCACCCACCGCAUCCCCAUCACCUGGGCCACCAGCUAUGAAGACUUCUACCUCUCCUGCUCUCUCAGCCAUGGCGGCAAGGAGCUGUGCAGCCCCCUGCAGACCCGAAGGGCUCACCUCUACAAGUACCUCUUUCACCUCAUCGUCUGGGACCAGCAGCUCUGCUUCCCUGUGCAGGUGAACCGGCUGCCUCGGGAGACCCUGCUGUGUGCCACCCUCUAUGCUCUGCCCAUCCCCCCACCUGGGAGCUCCUCGGACACCAAUAAGCAGCGGCGGGCACCCGAAGCCCUGGGCUGGGUCACCACCCCGCUCUUCAACUUUAGGCAAGUGCUGACCUGUGGCCGGAAGCUUCUGGGCUUGUGGCCAGCAACCCAGGAACACCCUGGUGCCCGAUGGAGUGCACCUAAUUUUCACCAGCCAGACAGUGUCAUCCUGCAGAUUGACUUCCCCACCUCAGCCUUUGACACCAAGUUCACCAGCCCUCCUGGAGACAAGUUCAGCCCCCGCUAUGAGUUUGGCAGCCUCCGGGAGGAAGACCAAGGCAAGCUUAAAGACAUCAUGCAGAAGGAGUCCCUGUACUGGCUCACUGAUGCUGACAAGAAGCGCCUGUGGGAAAAGCGUUAUUAUUGCCACUCGGAGGUGAGCUCGCUGCCCCUGGUGCUUGCCAGCGCCCCCAGCUGGGAGUGGGCGUGCCUUCCUGACAUCUAUGUGCUGUUGAAGCAGUGGACCCACAUGAACCACCAGGAUGCCCUGGGGCUCCUGCAUGCCAUCUUCCCAGACCAAGAGGUGCGGCGCAUGGCUGUCCAGUGGAUCAGCUCGCUCUCGGACGCCGAGCUGCUAGACUACUUGCCCCAGCUGGUGCAGGCCCUCAAGUAUGAGUGCUACCUGGACAGUCCCUUGGUGCGCUUCCUCCUGAAGCGAGCAGUCUCUGACUUGAGAGUGACUCACUACUUCUUCUGGUUGCUGAAGGAUGGCCUCAAGGACUCUCAGUUCAGCAUCCGCUACCAGUAUCUGCUGGCGGCCCUGUUGUGCUGCUGCGGGAAGGGGCUGCGAGAGGAGUUUAACCGCCAGUGCUGGCUCGUCAACACCCUGGCCAAGCUGGCCCAGCAGGUCCGGGAGGCCGCCCCGUCGGCACGGCAGGGGAUCCUCCGCACUGGCCUGGAAGACGUGAAGCAGUUCUUUGCUCUCAACGGCUCAUGCCGCCUGCCGCUCAGUCCCAGUCUGCUGGUCAAGGGCAUCGUGUCCAGGGACUGUUCCUACUUCAACUCCAAUGCCGUCCCCCUCAAGCUGUCCUUCCAAAACAUGGACCCGCUGGGUGAGAAUAUCCGUGUCAUCUUCAAGUGCGGGGACGACCUUCGCCAAGACAUGCUAACCCUUCAGAUGAUCCGCAUCAUGAGCAAGAUCUGGGUCCAGGAGGGGCUAGACAUGCGCAUGGUCAUAUUCCGCUGCUUCUCCACCGGCCGGGGCAGAGGGAUGGUGGAGAUGAUCCCCAAUGCCGAGACCCUACGCAAGAUCCAGGUGGAGCACGGGGUGACGGGCUCCUUCAAGGACCGGCCCCUGGCUGACUGGCUGCAGAAGCACAACCCUGGUGACGAAUAUGAGAAGGCUGUGGAGAACUUCAUCUACUCCUGUGCAGGCUGCUGUGUGGCCACUUACGUCUUGGGCAUCUGUGACCGACACAAUGACAACAUUAUGCUGAAGACCACUGGCCACAUGUUCCACAUUGAUUUUGGCCGCUUCCUGGGCCACGCCCAGAUGUUUGGCAACAUCAAACGGGACCGUGCCCCCUUUGUCUUCACCUCGGAUAUGGCAUAUGUCAUCAAUGGGGGUGACAAACCUUCCAGCCGCUUCCAUGACUUUGUUGACCUUUGCUGCCAAGCCUACAACCUCAUCCGAAAGCACACCCACCUCUUCCUGAACCUUCUGGGCCUGAUGUUGUCCUGUGGGAUCCCUGAGCUCUCAGACCUGGAGGACCUCAAGUAUGUGUAUGAUGCCCUGAGGCCUCAGGACACGGAGGCCAAUGCCACGACCUACUUCACAAGGUUGAUUGAGUCCAGCCUGGGCAGCGUAGCCACAAAGCUCAAUUUCUUCAUCCAUAACCUGGCUCAGAUGAAGUUCACGGGCUCAGACGACCGGCUGACCCUUUCUUUUGCCCCACGGACACAGACCCUCAAGAGCUCCGGCCGCAUCAUUGAUGUUUUUCUCUGCCGCCAUGAGAAGGUCUUCUACCCCAGCAAGGGCUAUAUAUACGUGGUAAAGGUGAUGCGAGAGAAUGCUCAUGAGGCCAUUUAUAUCCAGCGGACGUUUGAGGAGUUCCAGGAAUUACACAAUAAGCUGCGACUGCUCUUCCCUUCUGCCCUCUUGCCCAGCUUCCCUAGUCGCUUCGUGAUUGGCCGCUCCUGGGGAGAGGCUGUGGCUGAGCGGCGGCGGGAGGAGUUAAAUGGAUACAUCUGGCACUUGAUCCACGCAGCCCCCGAGGUGGCUGAGUGUGAUUUGGUAUAUACCUUCUUCCACCCCCUGCCCCGGGAUGAGAAGGCUCUGGGCACCAGCCCAGCUCCCCGAUCCUCAGACGGCUCAUGGGCCCGGCCCAUCGGAAAGGUGGGAGGGGAGGUGAAGCUGUCCAUCUCCUACAAAAACAAUAAACUCUUCAUUAUGGUGAUGCAUAUUCGGGACUUGCAACUGCUCCAGGAUGGGAAUGACCCUGACCCCUAUGUAAAGAUUUACCUCCUUCCUGACCCUCAGAAAACCACUAAGAGGAAAACCAAAGUGGCCCGGAAAACCUGCAAUCCCACCUACAAUGAGAUGUUGGUGUACGAUGGGAUUCCCAGGGGAGACCUGCAGCAGCGGGAGCUACAGCUGAGUGUGCUGAGUGAGCAAGGAUUUCGGGAGAACGUCCUCCUUGGGGAGGUGCACAUCCGCCUUCGAGAGCUGGACCUGGCUCAGGAGAAGACUGGCUGGUUUGCAUUGGGAUCUCGAAGUCACGGGACCUUGUGAAUCCAGUAGAGCCACGGUCCAACUCCAGGGUGGUGGCAGGAGCUGGGCGAAGGAGCCUCUCUUGCUUGACACUUCCUUUCCUUGUGAAGGGCGAGGGCCCUUGGUGGGCCUCCCCUCCAUCCAGGUGGAUCUGUCCUCCAUGACAGGAGGCAGGGAGAAUAAGAAGCUCUCUGCUGUCCCUUCCUCUGAAGACCGAACUUGGGUUGAUUGUGAUGCUCAGCCUGUUGGAGGCUGUGAGGUUGCAGCAAAGUUUUAAGUUUACCUUGUGUCAAGGGAGCAAUGCCUGGUUUGGAGUGUGUGGGGGCAGGUUAUAUGAAGUAGCAUUUUGAGGGAGGGCAGGUAGAUAUCUUUAUUUUUAUUUUUAAAAAAUGAAAUAGUAACGUUGUCCUAACUGGACAGGAAGCCUUGUGAGAAGGGACGUACAUAUGCCUCAGAAGGCAAGAGAGGAAGACUAUUUGGACUUUUUGUAUAAUUAAGGUUCUUAUUGGACUUUUCCCUAGGUUUGUUUGUUUUUGUUUUUCUGUCUAUAGGAAUUAUUUGGGGAGGGGCCCAGUGGUCCUCAGUUAGAGCCCUCCCUCUUUAAGGGCAGGCAGGGGAGGGCUGCGAGCACUAGGCUGAGGCCUGGGCCCCGGGCCUUUCUGAUUUUGCCUCCAAAGGAGAGCGCCGUGAUACCUGUGUGUGUGUAAGGAAGGGCCUUUGUAUUGGGGCUCUGCCAAGGACCUGUAUUCAGGGACCCAUGCUCUUUUGGGGUGAGUUUUUCCUCUCAUCAUCCCCUACUUUGUUAGGACUUGCCCUGAAUACUGUCCUCUACCCCUUGUUCCCUCCUUUCGGCCCUUCUGGGGGUCACCUGCUCCCUGUGAAUACGCUGGGGGUGCUUCCCCCUAGUCUCGCCCUUAAUUUUUCUCUCAUGGGGUAUCAUCUGCCUCGGCCCUUAGGUUUAGUUUUCCUGAGGGCGUCUUGGCCCUGGGAAAGGGUCUCUAGGCUGCGGACGCCAACUUGGCUGCCUGCUAGGCAGUUUCUGGGAAGCAUUCCCUGUCACCAGCUACUUCUUUCUUUUGUGCUUCUUUUCCCCAAAACCCUUUUCUGUCACCCUUUUUAUAAGAAUUCCCCUUAUUCUGUGGGGCCAUAAACCUAUUUAACCUGGAGCCAAAGGGAUGCCUAACUCAAGAAAAUGGGCAUGGGGUGGGGAGUUCAGUCUAAACAGUUGUUUUUUCCAGUUACUAUCUUGGGUCAUGAGGAGGCUGGCUUGGAGCAGCGGUUAUUAUACCCCUGAGCUGAGCUCAGGAGCUGGGAGAGAGACUGGGUCUCUUGCCUCUUCAUAUUUUUUAUUCCCUACCAGACAGAAAUUAAGUUCACUGUUUUACACUGCACUCCAAAAGCUUGUCCUCCUUAAAAAAGGAGAGACUUUGGAUUUGAUAUUAACUUUUCCCCCAGAAUGGGCUGGCUGUGCCCUGUGAGGGGGAAAGGAGUAAACAGGGGCAUUCUGUAAGCUGUCCCUCACCAGGACCUACCUACCAUAUUCCUCCCCAACACCCAGGAGAGGAAACGCCCCCUCUUGCUGACUCAUUCCAUAACUGCAGAAAGAAGCUCCAUUCACUGAAGCCACAGGACAGCAAGGGAGCCUAAAUUGUUCUUUUAAAUUAAAAAUUCCAGGAUUGAAGCAGGCUGCUGUGGGAGGGGCUGGGGGAGCGGGAACGGGGGUGGGACUUUUCUAGAUGAAUGGACCAUAUAGAUGUGUUACUGGCUUUUUGCCUGUUAACUCAUUUUAUUUUGACCCUUUAUGCCCCUGAUUUAAAGAGGUCUGUGUACUGUAUCCACUUCCCAGAUGCCCUGUAUCUCCUAUUUUCUCUGGAAUUGUAUUUUAUAAUAAAUGACAUUUGAGAAAAACAAAGAAAAUUGUCAUUUUCAAGAUUGGUUGAUGUUUAAAUGUUCAGAUUAAACCAUCUGACGUACAAGAUAAAAAUAGUAACAGUAGUCGUUUUACAAAGGGCAACUUUCACGUGCACAAAAGCACUGCAGAAGGCAUUUUACAUUUGUCUGCUAAAUCUGUCAUCACAACAACUUGAUCAAGUGGAUAUUAUUAUCCCCAUUUUACAGAUGAAAUUGAAGCUCAGAGAGAUUAAGUAAUUUGCAUAAGGGCACACAGCCAGUUAAUCAUGGAGCUGGAAUUUGAACCCAGGUUUGUUUGACUCCACAUUUUGUGCUAAACACUCCUCCUUGGCAAUGUUUAAUACAAUCCCUUAUGCUGAUUUGGAGUCCCUGGGUGGUGCAAACAGUUAAUGUGUUCAGGUGCUAACCAAACAGCUGGAGCUUUUAGUCCACCCAGAAGCACCUCAGAAGAAAGGCCUGGUGAUCUAUUUUUUAAAAAAAUCAGCCACUGAAAACCCUAUGGAGCACAGGUCUACACUGACACACGUGGGGUUGCUGUGGGAAGAAGAUAUAGGUCAUUCAUUAAUUCUUUCAACCAACCUUGUGGUAAUUAGCACUUACCAAAGAAGACAGUGUGACUGAUGCCCCCUAGAGUUGUGCACUGGGCCCUGUAUGAAGUACUGUGAGGGAGGUGGCUACAAAGAUAAAUUAAGACAAUCUUCUGCAUUUAAGAAGUUUACUGCCUAGUUAUAUUAACCAACCCCCUUUUUAUAAGAGAAGAAACCGGAACUCUUAAAUGCCUCGUAAGGAUUUACUGUGUGUGCAGACCUGUAUCCCAGAAUUAAACUCCCCAUAUGGAGGAUGAAAGUGACAGGAUCUUUGUUUAGGCAUUUUACCCAGAAGUUUUCUAAAUCUCCAGUGGGGAGUCAUAUUUCAUGCUGGGGAAUUUUGUGGGGACUUCUGAGGGAUUGUCAGUAGUAAACAAAAGGAAGUGUUACUUGUAUUUCUCAGUGGUUUCUAGGUGUCACCACACUUCUGUACAAGUCCCUAUAGACCUUUUAAAAGUUAGAAUUUGAAUCUGGCAAAGUCUUAGGAAAUUUCUUGGCCAAAUGGGGUAGAAAUCUGAACUACCCUGAGGGAAUGCAAUGAGAGAGCUGGGGACUGGGAAAGAGGUGUUGCCUAGGGAGAAGAGAAACAAAAAGAAGCCCAGGAGGCUGAGUUUUCUAAGUUGGAAGAGGUGGCAACAAUGAAGUAACUUGACUUGCUGGGAUUUGGGGGACAAAGGUUAGAUUGGGUUUGAAAGAUCAAAAAUGAGGCAGUAUCUCAUCCGUUGGUCCCAACCCACCUGGAACAUAGGAGAGUGAAGAACACCAAAGACAUGAGGAAAACGUUAGUCCAAGAGACAAAAGGGGCCACAUACACCAGAGACUCCAUCAGCCUGAGACCAGAAGAACUAGACGGUGCCCAGUUACCACCAAUGACCACCCUGACAGGGAACACAACCGAGAGUCCCUGACGAAGCAGAAGAAAAGUGGGGAGUAGAACUCAAAUUCUAGUAGAAAGACCAGACUUAAUGGUCUGCCAGACUGGACGAACCCCAGAAGACAUGGCUCCUGGACCCUCUGUUAACCCAGAACUGAAACCAUUCCCGAAGCCAACUCUUCAGGCAAAGAAUAGCCUGGAGUAUAAGACUUAAAAUGAUACUUGUAAAGAGUGUGCUUCUUAGUUCAAGUAGAUACAUGAGACUAAAUGGGCAGCUCCUGUCUGGGGGUGAGAUGGGAGGCCAGAAACCGAUAGGAGCAGGUUGAAUGGACAGAGGAAAUCCAGGGUGGAAAGGAGGAAUGUUCGGUCACAUUGUAAGGAUAGCAACUAGGGUCACAUAACAAUGUGUGUAUAAAUGUUUGUAUGAGAAACUAACUUGAACUGUAAACUUUCACCUAAAGCACAAUUAAAAAAAAAAUUGAGGCAGCAUCCUAAUGAACGAGUUUAGUGCUUCUGUUCUAUCUCCUAUUUCCUUGCGUACUGCCUGGGGUUUUUAAAGCUUGCAAGCAGCCAUUCAAGGCACAAUUGGCCUUUAUUCACCUGGGGCAAUAGGGGAAGAAGGACAGCCAGGAAUAGGAGGAGGAUAUGGAAUCUGUGGCUAAUUGCCUCCAUGAACAACUGCCUCCUUUGCCAUGAGAGGAGAAGAACUGGAUGGUACCUGGCCACCAUUACUGAAUAUUUUGAUCAAAGUUUCUAUAGAAGCAUCCUGAUUAAAAUGUAAAAGAGAAUUUCAAAUUCUCAUGAACUAUAGACUUUCUGGAGCCAUGGAGGGUGGAUGAACCCCUGAAACUAUUGGCCUGAGAUAAUCUUUAAACUUUAAACCAAAAAUAUCCCCUGAAGUCAUCUUAAAGCUGAACAAUAGUUUAGCUUCAAAGGUAAAUAAUAAUGGCCUUGAGCAUUGUGGUGCAAUGGAUCACUUUUGUAUGGCCUUUCUUGCCGUGGUCUUAUAACUCCCACCCAAGUAAUUGGGUGGGACUGUGGAAAUUGGGUAACUGUGACCCACCAAGGGGAUAGGUCAAUUUUGCCUUCCCACUGGGCUUGAAAUGAGCCACCCAAGAGGUGGAAGGAGAGGAUCCCACCACCACCAAGGAAGGAGAGCCAAGAGCGGAGCAUGUCCUUUGGACUUGGGAUUCCUGCACUAAGAAGCUCUUGGAACUGGGAGAGAGGAAGAGAGAGAGAGCUGUAACACUGAAGACUCAACAUGCUGGCAGAGAAACAGUGGCAGGAGAGACCAGCAGAACAAGAAAGCUGAGUGCCUUUGAGCAGGAGGCUUAUGGUGGAGUAGGGUGCCUCCAGGCACUUCGUGGAGCUAGGUUUGCCAACCUGCAGAGCUAGAGCUGAGCGCCUUCUGGCUGAGACUUACUGGCAGUGGGGUGCCUCUGGGCACUUAACUGCAGAGCUAAAAGAGCUUUGUAACACUUGCCUGAGCAGGGCAGAGGCCAAGUGGCCAGGGAGAGGCCUGCCUGCAAGCACAACUGGGAAAAGGCUGUCCUGAUAGAAGAACUGUAUCCUGAGCAUUACUCAACCUGAAUUGUAACCUGUUACUUCCCUAAUAAACCCCAUAGUCAUGAGUAUUGUCUGUGAGUUCCAUGUGACCAUUGCAAUGAAUCGAACCCAGCAGAGAAGUAGAGAGGGCUGUGGGAGGCACGGUGGUGUCAGAAUUGAUAAAGAUGGCAGAGAGAGGAGGCAUGUUUGACCCCUGCCUCAUAGAAAUCAGCCUUUGGCUGUUGAUCUUGAUUCUCCUUCCCCCUUGUAAAGUUGCCACACCCACACCCUUUUUACAAGCAUUAUGCUGUUUUAAGAACAAUCUAUACAGGAUUAAAUUGACAACAGCAACUAGGAACCUUAGUGGGGCAGUGAAUUUAUGUUAAUGAGGGAGAAACAACUCAGAAGAGGAGAAUGAGAGUGGUUGCACAACUCGAAGAAUAUAAUCAGUGACACUAAAUUGUACCUGUAGAAACUGUUGGGUUAGUGUAUGCUUUGCUGUGUAUAUUCUCAACAAUGACAACAAAAUAAAGUUUAGAAAAAAAAUAAGGCAGCAUCUUAUGUUGGGAGGUAAUUCUGGUGGCUGGGACUUGUCAACAACACUGAUGACCUACUCUGUAUCAGGCAAGCUUCCAGGCACUAAGACUACAAAAGGUGUGGAUCCUGUCCUCAAGGAGGUCACAGACUAGUUAGGGAGACAGACAUGGAAACAAUUACAGUGCACUGUGGUAUGGACAAGGCGGAAUGGUUGGAAAGUGGAGGGUUGGGGCAGAGAGGACUUGAGAGGAGAUAUUUGAACUGAACUUCAAAGGCAAUCAUAACUCUAGAUCUUAGUCUUACAGGGGCACCAUUAGAAUUUUUUGAGAAAGGGACUGCAACACUCCAAUUUAUAUUUUAAAAGGUCCUUCUGGCUGCUGUGUGAAUCAAAAAUGGAAGCAAUGGAAGAGAAACCAUUUGCAGCAGUUGAGGAGGGAAAUAAGGAGCCCUGGUGGCUCAAUGGUUAAGUGCCUGGUCGCUAAUCGAAAGGUCUGUGGUUUGAACCAACCAGCUGGUCCAGGAGGAAGAUGUGACAUUCGGCUUCUGUAAAGAUUUAUAGCCUUGGAAAGCCUAUGGGGGCAGUUCUACUCUAUCUUACAGGGUCACUAUGAAUCAGAAUCCACUGGAUGGCAACGGGUUUGGUUUUUUCGCGGGUGGCUCAAUGGUCAAGCAACCCAGCUGCUAACUGAAAGGUUGGUGGUUCGAACUGUAUAGGGCAGUUCUCCUCUGUCAUAUAGGGUCGCUAUGAAUCAGAAUCAACUCUAUGGCACGCAACAGGAGCAGGAAGCGAAAUGAUAGUGGCUUGGGAAUGAUGAAAAGUAGUGAUAUUCUGAAUAUAUUUUGAAGGUAGAGCUGGUAGGAUUUGCUGAUCGGUUUGGGAUGGAGUUCAGGGAAAGAGAAGAGUUGUGGAUGACCCUAAGUUUGGAGCCUCAGCACCUGGGUGAAGAGUACUGUAGUAGCAUCAGUGAGAUAGGGAAGGUGGAGUUGGUGGAGCUGAAUUAAGGAUUUUGUUUUGAUCAUGAUAAUUUGAGGUGACUGGUAAACAUCCCAGCGUGGAAGUAGUAUGGAGUCUGGAGCCCAAGAGACAGGACAGUCUGGAAGUUUAGCUAUGGAAGUCAUCAGCAUUUAGGUGAUUUUUAAUGGGUAGAAAAAAAGAUGUGGGUGGACUGAGCUCUGAUAUAUGCCAACAUUUAGAGGUUGGGUGGAAGAGGAGAAGCAGCCAUUGACGUUGUAGGCAACUAGGAGAAUGGCGUCAAGGGAAUCUAAAGAAAAGAAGUACGGUCAGAGAGUUGGAUUUCGCAAAAUGUUCUUGGUGACCUUGAUAAGAGUGUUUGAAUGAGUGGUGAAGAUGAAAGCCACAUUGGAGCAGGUUAAAGAGAAAAUAGGUGCUGAGAAAGUGGAGAUUACGAGUAUAGAAACUCUUGAGAAAUUUUGCUGGGUGUCAUAGAAACUGGGGAGCAGCAUGUAUCUAGGGAGAGGCUUUUUUGUUUUGUUUUUAAAUAGGCAAUAUUAAACUAUGUUAAUGUGCAUGAUCUAUUAGUGAAAGAGAAAGUUAUGUUACAGGAAAAGAGGAGAAAUGGAGGCCAGAAUUCCUUGAGUGGACAUGAAGGAAUAGAAUCCAGCAGGUCUUGCUCCUUGUAAUGGGAUUGUGUUUACCAGCAUGCACACAGCAUGCACACAGCAACGUUAUCACUGUGUACAGAGCUGUGCUCCCUCCACCCUCUAGCUGAUAGCAGGCUUGAGAAGGCAAGUUCACACUUUAUUUUCCUGUCAAGACUGACAAACACUUUGAGGGACUGAGAUCCUGGGAUUGAGGGCUGAGGAUCAUAGUCCUGGGGGGCACGUAGGUCAAUUGGCAUAACAUAGUUCAUAAUGGUCUACAUUGUGGUGAGUAGCAUUGGGGGUCUUAUAAACUUGUGAGUGGCCUUCUGAGAUACAGCUAUUUGGUCUUUUCCUGUCUGGGGCAAAGGAGAGCGAAGAAAACCAAAGACUCAAGGAAGCAAUUAGUCCAAAGGACUAACGGUCCUCCUGAUCCACAGCCUCCACUAGCCUGAGACAGAAGAACUAUAUGGUGCCUCGUACCACUACCGGCUGUUCUGACCAGGAGAAAAAUGUAAAACAAAUUCGAACUCAUUUUGAAUUCAUUAAAAAGAAAGACUGGUCUGAUAGAGACCAAAGGAAUCACUGAGACUAUACUUCUGACACCCUUCUAACGUGGUACCAAAGCCAGUCCCAGAGAUCACCUUUUAGCCAAAUAAUAGACCCAUACCCUUGCCGUUGAGUCUAUCCUGACUCAUAGUGACC